CAAGCGUCUACAGCUGUCUUGUUUCCUCAAACAACAUCUAUCCCUCCCGAAGAACGGGUGACUGACCUCUCGAUCGCGGCUCCUCACAUAUGGCUACAGCGCUAGCCGUCGUGAAAGAGCGGUAACUGUUGGACACCGCUUUCGUCCUCCUCCACCUCCGCUCGCCAUCAUGGAGCUCGUGCAGAAAGAGCAUGACCGCCUCUCGAAGAAAAUCAAUGCCGCCCAGGGCCUGAAGUCGGUGGACUCUAUUAUUGACUUGCUCCAGUCGGCACGAAAUACGAUUGCUGCAGAUCCAAGCCAAGCGGCCAUCACGCUAGCCAAGCUGCAGAACCCCGUCAAGUCGUCGUUUGAUUCCAUCAAUGAUAGCCUGAAGGAAACACACAGCGGCCUAAACAAAUACUCCAAAUCGUUAGAUAAGCUAUUCAAAGACCGUCCUUUACCGAACACCGAGCACGAUGUCCUAUCCUCCCAAGAACACCUUAUCAACAGAGCUAUCGCCAUGCACCUCCUUCGGGAAGGGCAGUUCUCCGUUGCGGCUACGUUCCUCUCCGAGAUGGCAGACAAGAAAGCGAUAAAGAAACAGCAGGAGGCGGAAACCAGCGCCACAGAUAACGCGGCUUCGCUCUUGGAUAUCGAUGAAGUCCCUUCUGGAGAGGUACGGAAACAGUUCGCCACUAUGUACUACAUCCUCCAUGAGCUGAAGGAGAACAACAAUCUGCUGCCAGCAAUCCAGUGGUCGAGGGACAAUAAGGAGGCCUUGGAAGCGAGAGGCAGUAAUCUCGAAUUCGAACUGUGCAGGUUGCAGUUCGUCUGGCUUUUCCAUGGUGGACAUGACCAGCAAGGCCCGAGUGCGGGCGGGCGGCAGGCGGCUCUGGAAUACGCCAGGCGCGAGUUCCAUUCGUUUUUGCCCCGGUACCUGCGCGAGGUUCAGCAGCUAUUGGGAGCGAUGGCUUUCUGUCCCAACCUGCAGGACUCUCCAUACAAGAACAUCUUCAAUAACCCGUCCGCAUGGUCGGAUGUGGCGCACGCUUUCACGCGCGAAUUCUGCUCGCUCCUUGGCCUGUCCGCGGACUCGCCUUUAUACGUCGCUGCUACCGCGGGAGCCAUAGCCCUCCCCACAUUACUGAAGCUGCAGACAAUCAUGAAGGCCAAACGGACAGAGUGGACAACCGAGAAUGAACUCCCGGUCGAGAUCCCACUCCCACCAUCGUAUCUUUUCCACUCCAUCUUUGUCUGUCCGGUAUCCAAGGAACAGUCCACGGACGACAACCCACCCAUGAUGAUGCCCUGCGGGCACGUCAUUGCAGAGGAAUCACUCAAACGGUUGUGCAAGGGCAGCAGGUUCAAGUGCCCUUACUGCCCCAGCGAGAGCCACCCUCGGGAAGCUAGAAAGGUGUUCCUCUAGUCUGGCUACACCCCUAUCCAGCAGUUAUCGGUGGGCGUAGGUGCAGGCACAUACAUCUCCACAUUUUGACAUGGACGGGUAACAUGAGAAUUGGGGUACACAGUUUGUAAACGGUGUUGUGGGACGGGCGCAUAUGGGCUGGACAGGAAACGGUUUCGGAUUUGCACAGGUUGUACAUACUGACAACUAUUACUCUCUCAAUAUAAUAUUAUCCACCACU